UUUCCUCUUCUGCAGUCAUAUUUUCCAAGCUUGCCAAUUGCCUCCCUCCCUCUCCAGUUCAUCUAAAAUCAACUUCAAAAAUCGGCGCUUUACGGGCAAUUACUAAACCCUUGGAUUUUUUUUUUCGGAUUAUGCGUCUAUUGAAGUUGAUUAUUGAUUAUACAUCAUAAAGUUUGUUGAAGUUUCUGCCUUCCAAUUCUCUUCAAAUGAAGCUAAGCUUAAGAACCAGUGUAUAUUGUCCAUGUAGCUUCCCAAAAUUGCUCAAUUCUUCUGCUUUUAGCAAUCUGUGUAGACCCAUUUGCUCCAUAGCACCACAAUCUCCACCCAUUACUCUGAAACCCCAAAUUCCCCUUUUUUUGAGGCCACCCAUUUACUCAACCAAGCUAAGUGACCUAAAGAAAUGGCAAGAUUGGGCUAAGAAUGUUGCUUCUUCAGUUGGGUCAACUUUUGUGGAGUCAGAUAAUGGACCAGACUCAAGCAUUUUGUGCAGGGAGCUCAAGUGGCUCAUGGAGGAUGCUGUUGUGGAACAGGAUGAUGAGAGGGUGAGAAUGAGGGCUGGUAUAGAGGAGCUUUACUGUUUGUGGAAGGAGAGGAUUCAAGAGAGGAGACCUUUUCAGUAUAUAGUUGGAUGUGAGCAUUGGAGGGACUUGGUGUUGAGUGUUCAAGAAGGGGUUUUGAUUCCGAGACCUGAGACUGAACAUGUUGUUGACAUGGUAAAUGGUGUGGUUUCGAAGAAUGAGGAUUUGAGAGGAGGGGUUUGGGCUGAUUUGGGGACUGGGAGUGGUGCUCUAGCUAUAGGCAUUGGUAGGAUAUUAGAAGAUCGGGGAAGGGUUAUCGCCACGGAUUUAAGUCCGGUAGCUGUUGCUGUUGCAGCUUACAAUGUGAAGAGGUAUUGCUUGCAGGACAAAAUUGAAAUAAGGGAAGGAUCUUGGUUUGAACCAUUGAAGGGUAUGGAAGGAGAGCUUGCAGGACUUAUAAGCAACCCACCUUACAUACCAAGCAAAGACAUCUCUGGUCUACAGGCUGAAGUUGGUAGACAUGAACCCAGACUUGCAUUAGAUGGAGGUACUUAUGGCAUGGAAGCUCUUCUCCAUCUUUGUGAUGGGGCUGCUUUAAUGUUGAAACCGGGUGGAUUUUUUGCCUUCGAGACAAAUGGUGAGCAGCAAUGCAGGGAUCUUGUUGAGUACAUGGAAAAUAACAGAAGUGGAAGCUUCUGUAAUGUGGAAAUACGUGCUGAUUUUGCGGGUAUUCAAAGAUUUGUAAUUGGAUUCCAUCAAUAAGCAAUCUGAGUUACAGAACACAUGUUUAUUUGAUUUUAUAUUUUGGAUUAAUAAUUACCCCAUUGCUGUCCUUGAUAUUGGAGCAGAAUGUAAUAGAAAGUAUAAAUUGUAUUCCAGUUUGGCUCCUGGUUUCUUUUCAGUUUUCUCUCCCAACUGUUGAACACACUGCUAAAAGUUAGUUGAAAAAUGAAUGAAACCCAGGAGCUGCCUCUCCAUACAUUUUUUAUGGAACUAUACUCUGACAUAAAAAGGGAAAAUAAUUGAGUAGUUAAUACAUUCCUAACUUAAA